CCAAAACUCAUGUCAUUUCUUCAUACUCUCCUUUGUCCCUGUUGAAUAUCCCAGAUGGCCACCAUGGCAGCUCCUCAUCAGCCCCGAUACGACCUCGAGGAUCCGGGAUUCCCUCGCAACGCCCGUGAGGCCCGUGAAGCUGCCCGCGCCGCGAGAAAUGGCUCAAGCCCUCGCUACAGACGCACGCAGUCUCCCGAGCAGGUCGACGACUACCGCUUCGCAGGAGAGGACGACAUGCGCUCACCUACGUCUGACGUGGCAUUGCAGGAUGCCAUGCUCGCACAGGCACAGCAGCAGCAGCAGCGUGUUGUUCCGGUUGGUCAGAAUGGUCGUAGUGGAGGGCAGCGCAGACAACCUCCGGGUCCCAACAACAUGAACGGACCCCCCGGACGUGGUGGUCCUCAUCCUUCUUACUCUGGCGGAAUGGAGAAUGGUCCUGAGCAGCACGGUCCCAGAGAGGGAGGUCGAUACAGGCGACAAUCACGACGUCCUUCAGACGGAGGUCAGCCAAGGUCAGGUCCUUCUGACUCGCCACCCGGACAAGCUCCAAACACGCAGCAGAACCGCUCCCAAGCGAUGGCGUCGGAGCACCACCAGCAGUCGCGUCGCGGCCCAUCACCAGAGCGACUAGCUGUCCCUGGCGACAUCAAUCGUCUCAACAGCCCCAGCAUUCAAAAGAUUGUUCUUCAACCGCUGGAGCAAAAGAUCUCAGAGUAUGAUCACCUGAUGAAUGAAGCUCAAUCGCAAAUGGCCCAGCUCGACGAAGAACUCCGAAUCCUUCAAGAGCGACGACGCCAAGCCGAGGACCGCUUCAUCGAGGCCAAGGCCAAGCACGACGAGUACGAGCGACAGCAUCUAGACGUCGGCAAGGCCCUCCGCGGUGAGCUCGUAAGAGAGCAAGCCCCCCCACCAGUGCGACCCAUGGCCCGCAUGGAGAGCAUCGAGAGUUUCGGCCCGCGACCCGUGAGCGAGCAGAGCUCAUUCCACCAGAAACCAAAAAGCAGAGGAAUGCUCAGAAUGAGUUUGUUCAACAAGAGUUCCUAAGAUGAUGAAAAAUAUGUGGGAAAAUGGUACACAUAGAGAGAUUCAUGAUUUAUGCGUUAAUGACCUGGUGGGAAUAUUUCUUGUCUUGAAAAUUACGACCUUUUUUCAACACUUUCUUGUUUUUAUUUCUUCAUGUCCGCGCAAAAGGACGGGAUGGUUUAUUUUACAUGUUUUACAUAAUGAUACUGGAUCGGCAUUUUAGUGUAUAGCUUCAAUUCAUUCGACGAUUUCAUGCUUU